GUUGGAGGGUGUUAGAGAGGGAGAUCUUGGGCUGGUGUUGUGGAAACAUUUGCUUUGGAGGCAGACAGGCUGGAUUCUGAUCCUGAUUCUGCCAUUUACUGCCUGUGUGACUUUGAGUAAGUCACCUCUCUGAGCCUCGUUUCCCUCAUGGGCAAACUCUAUAGGGGGCAGGCAGCUCAGCACCUGCUGGAGAAAACACAGCAUUUGGGUCAUACAGACCUGGGGCUAAAUCCCAAAACACUUAAGAGCUGGGUAACUAUGGGAGCCAUGAGCCACCGGAUCCUGCUGCUUCUGGCCGUGCUGACCCUGGGCCUGGCUACGUCCCAACACCGAGACAAGGUGCCCUGUAAGAAGGUGGACAAGGAAGUCUUGUGCCGGGGCCUUGGCCUACUCCAGGUCCCCUCGGUGCUCCCACGGGACAUCGAGGUCCUCAACCUGUCUGGGAACCAGCUGCGGAGCAUACUGUCCUCGCCCCUGGGCUUCUACACCUCGCUUCUUCACCUGGACCUGAGCGCCAACGAGAUUAGCUUCCUCCAGCCAGGGGUCUUCCAGGCCCUGCCCCACCUGGAGCACCUCAACCUGGCCCACAACCGCCUGGCGGUGGGCACGGCGCUGAGCACUGGGGGUCUGGGUCCCCUGCCACACCUGAUGUCCCUGGACCUGUCUGGCAAUAGCCUGUACAGUGGCCUGGCGGAGCGGCUGCUGGCGGAGGCGCCUGCCCUGCGCAGCCUCUCGCUGGCAGAGAACAGCCUGACGCGCCUGGGCCGCCACACCUUCUGGGGCACACCCGCGCUCGAGCGGCUGGACCUUCACAGCAACGUGCUGAUGGACAUCGAGGACGGAGCCUUCGAGGCCCUGCCCCACCUGGCACACCUCAACCUCUCCAGGAACUCCCUCACCUGCAUCUCCGACUUCAGCCUCCAGCAGCUGCGGGUCCUAGACCUGAGCUGCAAUAGUAUCGAGGCCUUUCAGACAGCCCCGGAGCCCCGGGCCCAGUAUCAGCUUGCCUGGCUCGACCUGCGGGAGAACAAACUGCUCCACUUCCCCGACCUGGCCGCACUUCCGAGACUCAUUUACCUGAACGUGUCUAACAACCUCAUCCGCCUCCCUGCGGGGCCGCCCCAGGGCGGCGAGGGCCUUCAUGCGCCUUCCGAGGGCUGGUCUGCCUUGCCCUUCUCUAACCCCGGCCGCAACGCCAGCACCCAGCCCCUCUCUCAGCUCUUGAAUCUGGAUCUGAGCUACAAUGAGAUUGAGCUCGUCCCGGAGGGCUUUCUUGAGCACCUGACUUCUCUGCGCUUCCUGAACCUCAGCCGGAACUGCUUGCGGGCCUUUGAGGCCCGGCGGGUGGGCUCCCUGCCUUGCCUUGAACUCCUGGACAUGAGCCACAAUGCGCUGGAGACGUUGGAGCUGGGUGCCAGGGCCCUGGGGUCUCUGCAGACGCUGCUCCUACAGGACAACACCCUGCGGGACCUGCCCCCGUACACCUUCGCCGGCCUGGCCAGCCUGCAGAGGCUCAACCUGCAGGGGAACCGGGUCAGCCCCUGCGGGGGCCCAGGUGAGCCUGGACCCACGGGCUGUGUGGCCUUCUCUGGCAUCUCCUCCCUCCGCGUCCUGAACCUGGCGGACAAUGAGAUGGAGACGCUCCGGGCAGGUGCCUUCCUCCACACUCCGCUGACCGAGCUGGACCUCUCCGCCAACCCUGGGCUGGAUGUGGCCACAGGGGCCUUGGCGGGCCUGGAGGGCUCCCUGGAGGUUCUGGCCUUGCAGGGCAACGGGCUGGCCAUCCUGCAGGUGGACCUGCCCUGCUUCAGCUGCCUCAAGCGGCUCAAUCUGGCAGAGAACCGCCUGAGCCACCUGCCUGCCUGGACGCAGGCUGUGUCCUUGGAGGUGCUGGACCUAAGGAACAACAGCUUCAGCCUCCUGCCGGGCAGUGCCAUGGGCGGCCUGGAGACCAGCCUGCGGCGCCUCUACCUGCAGGGGAACCCCCUCAGCUGCUGCGGCAACGGCUGGCUGGCGGCCCAGCUGCACCAGGGCCGUGUGGACGUGGACGCCACCCAGGACCUGAUCUGCCGCUUCGGCUCCCAGGAGGAGGUGUCCCUGAGUCACGUGCGUCCUGAGGACUGUGAGAAGGGGGGACUCAAGAACGUCAACCUCAUCAUCAUCCUCACCUUUGCCCUGGUGUGUGCCAUCCUUCUCACCACGCUGGCCACCUGCUGCUGUGUCCGCCGGCAGAAGUUCAACCAACAGUACAAAGCCUAGAGAGGCUGGGGGCUACAGACCAGCUCUGUCAGGGGAUCCUGCCAGGCUCCAGCUCCGCCUCCCCCAGCCGCAAGCAUCCUGGAGAUUUCUCCAGCCCAGCUUCCUCCCUGGGCUGUGACCUCUCACCUCCCAGUUCCUGCUCCCAGCUCCUACUCUCCAAAGGAAAAAUUGAAAUGCCUAUUUCAUGGAUGGGGCUAGGGGGUGAGAGGGUAUGUGACUCAAUGCCCUUGCACACAGUAGGUGCUGCACGAAGGCCUGCAGGAGGGCAGUAGCAUGGGCUGAGCUCAACCCAGGACUCUGGGAACCUCUGACUCAGCCGGGAGCCCACCAGGCCCCUAACCCCUUUUCCUGGCAAACAAAGGAGUUUGCUCACCUGACCAAGACCCCCAGCAAGGCAGAAAUUCCUGUUUUCAGACGAACAUGGACACAGCUGCCAACUAGGUCAUCGGAGCAUCCGGCAAGUUCCAGGGCAAGAGGAUGCCCUUGCACAGCCCCUGUCACAGACAGACUGCCGUGUCAGGUCACCUGGCUCACUCAGUCCACGAGGACCAGGCCCAGCAGGAGCCGGGCUCGCAGGCUGCGUGGGAGGAGAGGAAGCCAACAUCCCUGGCCCACCAGCUGCCUCACCCUGUCAGUUCCCUGUGCUGGCACAAUCCCCCAGGAUCCAGGAUCCACAGUCUGCUUUCUGUGCCCCUGUUGUUUAGCAGCUCAGAGGCCCUGCAAGUCUGGGUCCCUGCCGCCCUCCAUCCUCAUCUCUCUCUGGCUACGUCCCACCUCCUAUUCAGAGCUGACAGUUAUUGAGCACUUCCGGGUGGGCCCUGCGCUGAAUACUUGAUGUAUUGUAUAUGGUCCUAUAUAAUUCUAGCACUCUUUGAAGAGAUUUCUAUUAUUAUCAUCCUCACUUUAGAGAAACUGAGACUGAAGAUCCCACAGCUGUCAAGUGCCAGAGCUGAGACUUGAACCCAGGUUUGCCCUGCUCCUCUCUGGAGCCAGCAAUCUUGACCAUUAGGCAGCACUGCUUCCUGACCCUCCCAAUUCCGGCUCUCUCCCACCUCCUCUGCUUGAAAUGUCUCACCUACCCUGACCCACCUGCCAAACUCCUUUUUCAAUGCUUACCUGCAUCACCUCCUCUGGGGAGACUGCCCUGAUUUCCCUCCUCCAGCUGCCAUCAGCCCUGGGCUUCCCUGGGGCCACAACAUUGGGAUGUCUGCCUGAUCCACCACCAGACCAGGAGCUCCUGGCAGGAGGUCUUACCCAGGGUCCCUUCUGUGUCCCCUGGGCCCGAGCCAACACAGAGGCAAGUUCAGAAAAGGUUUCCUGAAUGGAUGGCCCUGCCCUCCAGGACCUAAACACUUGUGGGGAUUAACAUCAGCCCUCAGACCAAGAAUGGGUGAUAAACUUCUCAGACAGACCCCAGGAACGUAGAGGACACAGUGGGACUACGGCGUGUGGGCUGCCCAGGGGAAAAGGAAUCUUCUCUCACCACUCUCAUUGCCCUCAGUUCCUCUUGUCUCUAGGACCCUGGCUUCUCUUCUUCAUCCUCCUCUCUCCCCCAAACCCCUCUUCGCUUCUCCUUCUCCUCCCUUGGUCAUCUCUCCCCCACCCCCCUCUCACUGGGAUGAGUUGGAGCUGUGGUGCUGAGAACGUGGAGGGGUGGAGGGGAGGGAGGCCCGAGCUGUUUAUAGGAACUGGAGCAGCUCCAUCCAUCAGCUCUGUUUGGAGCUGGAGACCAAGCAUAAUAAAUACCUUGGCUCCUCCCCAGCUGUGCUUUCCCUGAACUUGGCCAUUCGAACUCCAAAUUUCUCUGGCCUGCUGGUUCUCAGGACCCAGCUCCCACCCCACCCCACCCCACUUCCACCUCCCACCAAGCUGCUCUGGAAGGAGCCCUGCCUCUGGGACCAGAAAUGCGGGGCUGAGUCUAGGCUGUGUUGCCGCUUUGCUUCGGGAGCAAGUCAUGCCCCUGGUCUGUGCCUCCAUUUCCCCAUCCGUGAAAUGGGGUCAUAAUCACUGCCCACCCCCCCCCAAACAUGCAGUGCUGUUCACAUGUUAGGCUUGAGCAUCUGCUUGAUGCUGGGCCCUGGGCCCUGCGGGAUCCCUGGGAACAGGCAGGCAGAGCCUCUGCCUAUUGGGCGGAGGAAGGGGCCACACUACAGCCCAAGCAGGAAGUGGUCAGCGCCACGAGGGAGGUCCAGACUUUGUGUUCUGGGAGUUUGUUUGCAGCAGGGAGCGGCCCUUCCAGCUGGAGGAUUCAGAGGAGACCUCGAGGACAUCUGGGCUGGCCCUGCAGGGAAGGGUAGCAUUUCAGCAUGUGGAGAUGGGGAGAGCCUCUUCCAGGCAGAGCAGACUGCCAGAGCAAAAGCUGGGCAGGAGGAAGAUGUGAGGGUGGGGGCAAAGAAGAGCCUCCCUUUGUGCAUCCUUCACCCUAUCACUCCCAACGUUGUCCCCUCUGAUCCUCCAGCACCUUCCGCUCUGACCCUCUAGCUUUUUGGAAUCUUCCCUCCUUCUCUGGAGAGCUUCAGACUCACCCAGCUCUCCCAGGUUGUGGAUGCAUUCCCAGAAUUAUGCAGUCAUGUUCCCACUCCCACCUCCCCCAAAAAAGCCACCCUAGAAAGUGGAAGACUCAGAUCAGGGGAAAAGUCACUGGCCAAGAGCACGUUUCUGGAAUGAAUAAGGGAAUAAAUGAAUAAAAGAGUGAGUCAAUGAAAAAGAGAAUAAGUGAGUAGGAAAUUAUUGAAUUCAACUGACAUACUGUGCUGUACAUACAAGCUCCCUCCGCUGGUGGUGCUGGUGGUGCUGUUUAUUUGGCGAGGAGGGGAAUAGGCAUUAAAUACAUGCUUGUGUGCGCGCGCGCACGCAGACACACACACACACACACACACACACACACACACACAAAAGAAUAAAGACAAGAUGGCAAACUUUGAUGAGUAUUAUGAGAGAAAAUAAUAGGGAGACAGAAUGAAAUGGGCAGACUCAGAGAAGUCCUCUCUGAGGAUGGAAUCUGUAAGCUGAGACUGAAGGAGGACUUAAGAUGAGUGAGUAAAUUAAUAUUCCUUCUAGCCUCUUCCCCUCACUCCCAUGAAUUUGCAAGAGCUGCACUCUAGACCCUGAGGUCCAUUCUCAUGCAUUGAAAAGUCCCCCUACCCUGGGACCCUCCUGGCCUUCCCCUCCCCUCAGUGCUUUGGCUGUCCCAUUCUAGAAUCAUGGAGAAAAAUAUGGAAGGCUACCCAUAAGGGGUGGUGGAAGGGAUGGCCAAGGGAUGGGUGCCAGGAGUCAAGCAUUGUGGGGGUGAGGGACUGGCUAGGCUACAGGAUAAGAAAGUCAAGUUCCAAAGGCCCUGCUUUAUUUGGGGUGGGGCGGUGGGAUGGACUUGGCUCCCUCUGUCGUUCCUGAGCCACCCGUGUCAGCUUGCACCAACCAUACUCUUUCACCCUAGGUAGCUUACUAACAUUCUCCUAUUUAACCUUUUGUAUGUUUUCUCCAUAAUCAAGUCACCAUUGACAGAUACAUUUAAAUUAUAUGCAAAUAAACUUAUGCAUGUAUCACUGUUUUAUAAAAAUGGGAUCAUAUCAUAUAUGGUUUCCUGCAUCUUUUUGUUUUUAUUCAACAAUACUUUAAGGAAAUCCUACCAAACAAACAAAUAGCUCUGAUUCAUUUUUGACAGUAUGCAAUAUUCCAUUACGUGACUAUUCCAUAAUUUAUUCAACCAUUCACAACUGGUGGAUACUCACUUUGUUAUCCUGCAAAUGUAAACAUGCUGCAAAAUCAUCCUUGUUCUUAUGCCCAUAGUCCCUGGGAGUUGUAUUUCUGUCAGAUAACUACUUAUAAGUGAGAUUCUACAUCAGUGGAUAGAUAGAUAGAUAUAGAUAUAGAUGAUACAUAAUUUUAUUAAAGCUACUUUUCAAAGAGACAAUAAUGUUUCAUAUUUCCACAAACAACUUGUGAGAUAACAUUUUCCUAUACUUCCUGCCAGAAAUGCAUGUAGUAGCUACAGAUGUAAAGUGGUCGCGUAUUGUUAACUUUAAAUUACAUUUCCCUACUGCUGAAUCUGAGCAGCUUUUCAUUUGUUUGUUGGCGGUUUGGAUUGACUCUUCCAUGAAUUGCCAUUUUUGUCCUAUGCCCAUUUUUCUGUUGAGUUAUCAUUUCCUUGUCAGUUUGUUAAGCCUCAUUGUACAUUGCAGUUUUUAACUUUAUCUAGCAUUUUCAUAACAAAUAUUUUCCAAGUCUCUCAUCUGUCUAUUGACUCUACUUAUGUAUCUUUGUUCUAAAAUGCUUUUCAGGGCCUCACUUUUCCUUCAUAGCUUCUCAAUUUGUUUCACUCAGAUUGCUCAUAUAGUCUCCUAAAUUUUCUUCUUCUUUUUUCUUCUUUUCUUUUUUACAUUUAAAUCUU